AGUUUGAUGAUCCAUAAAUCACAACACAUUUUUAUUGUUGUGUGAGAAGACUGGAAAGGUUCAGGUUCACAGUGUAUGGGUGUUGUGCCAAACUUUGGCCAUGGCUCACCUGAGGGAAUUUGCCAAUCAGCACUCUCGGGUUGAUCCAGAGGAACUGUUCACCAAGCUGGAGAGAAUUGGUAAAGGCUCCUUUGGUGAGGUGUACAAAGGAAUUGAUAACCGUACUAAGGAGGUGGUAGCUAUCAAGAUAAUUGACCUGGAGGAAGCAGAGGAUGAGAUUGAAGACAUCCAGCAGGAGAUAACUGUGCUCAGCCAGUGUGACAGUCCCUACAUUACCCGUUACUAUGGUUCCUACUUGAAGGGCACCAAGCUGUGGAUAAUCAUGGAGUACUUAGGGGGUGGCUCAGCACUGGAUCUUCUUAAGCCUGGCCCCUUGGAGGAGACCUACAUUGCCACUAUCCUACGAGAGAUUCUAAAGGGUUUAGACUACCUUCACUCUGAGAGGAAAAUCCACCGAGACAUCAAAGCUGCCAAUGUGCUGCUUUCAGAGCAAGGGGAUGUGAAACUAGCUGACUUUGGUGUAGCUGGCCAGCUGACAGACACUCAGAUCAAGAGAAACACCUUUGUCGGGACCCCGUUUUGGAUGGCACCUGAAGUCAUCAAGCAGUCGGCCUAUGACUUCAAGGCAGACAUUUGGUCCCUUGGAAUUACUGCUAUUGAACUGGCAAAGGGAGAGCCUCCGAAUUCUGAUCUGCAUCCUAUGCGAGUUCUUUUCCUGAUCCCCAAAAACAACCCUCCAACGUUGGAGGGUCAUCAUAGUAAGCCCUUUAAGGAAUUUGUGGAAGCCUGCCUUAAUAAAGACCCUCGGUUUAGGCCCACUGCAAAAGAGUUACUAAAGCACAAAUUCAUCACACGUUAUACCAAGAAAACAUCUUUUCUCAUGGAACUUAUUGACCGCUACAAACGCUGGAAGUCUGAAGGACAUGGCGAGGAUUCCAGUUCUGAUGACUCUGACAUUGAUGGAGAUGCAGAUGAGAGAGAUCAAGGACCUAUAUGGACUUUCCCACCAACUAUUCGCCCCAGUUCAUUGAACAAGCUGCACAAAGGAAUGCAGCAUCAUGGAUCCCAGAAGCCUCCUGAGCCCAUCAAGCGGCAGCCAAGGUCUCAGUGCCUCUCUACUCUCGUUCGCCCUGUCUUUGGGGAGCUCAAAGACAAGCACAAGCAGAUUGGAGGCAAUGUAGGAGCCAUGGAAGAACUGGAGAAUGCCUUUAGCUUAGCUGAAGAGUCUUGUCCAGGGAUCUCUGACAAACUAAUUGCACAAAUGGUGGACCGUGUACAAAGGUUCUCACACAGCAGGAACCUCCUGACUUCCACACGCUGAUGAGCCUGUAAUUUCCUGAAGGAGGGUGAUGUUCUCCACUUUGUAAGAACUACAUCUUGAAUACACCACCAUCUGCUGUUGGAUGUUAACAUUGUGCUAUGGAUUCUCAAACAUUUCAGAGCCUACAUCUGUGUAUUUCGUGACCAUCCAGACCGGGAUUUUGCAACACACAUUUAUGACAUGACUUCUUUGCAGAGCCCUCAAGCGGUAGUUUCUACAGUGUACUUUAUGAAGGUUAAUUAUAUCCGAUUUCUCUCAGGUCAGACCUUGUUUAAAAGAAAAAUCCUGACUGCUGGAAAAAUGGAAAUUCUUAGACAUAAGGCAUUCCAAAAGGGAGGUCUAUGGCAGCUUGUGUUGCUGGCCAGAGACAAAGUUCAUGGGCGCAUUUAUUGGCAUUCAUGUUGGUGCUGCUCAAGAGAAGUUUGCUCAAAUUUCCUUUUCAACUAACAGAACAAGAAGAUCUUUGCCUAGCAGUUCCUGAGUUGGGUGAAGGCUUCUGCCUCCUCCUGUUUGCUUGCCCCUUUGUGAGGUAGGUUACCCUGACUGCAACUGUACUUUACACUAGCACUUAUUUCUGUGUCUACAACUUGGAGAAAAUUUAUUCCUGUUUGUAGCAAAGCCUCUUGCUGCACUGGAAUAUGAAAACUAGGUAUCUUGGCUUCUCUCUCCCUGGCAGGGUGGACAUUUUGCACUUGAUAAAGGAGUGAAGUUCAAUACUUAACUACUCCUGGGGCUUAGAAGAAGGAUAGGGAUCUACCAAAAUUCUUUUAGAUGUUAUUCUGUGAAACCAGACAAGCGUUUCAGUUAAACUAAAGUAUUUGGUGCCAACAGAUGGGAAAUAGCCCAACUGAUAUUUCCCAAAUCUCUCCUUUGCUUCUUUCCUCGUGUUCACUCCUCUUGGGCUGUCCACAACAUAAGGUGCCCAAGCUGUUAAUGGUCAUUAUCGCUUGUUCUGGCUUAGGCAGUGUCUGGCCUGCCUUAAGCAUUUGAACACACUCAAAAUAGUUCUUCCUCUUUAGUAUUAAGAGAGCAGUUUAAGAGCAGCAGCACAAGUUGGAAGUGGUUAUUUUGCAAUGUAGUUUUCUAUCUGUAAGUCUGUUCAGUCAUGGACUGCUAUGGACGUUCUUCUGCUGAAAAAGGCAUUGGCAUUUUUCAUCUGAUAGCUGUGACUGGAUGUAGGGUUGCACAUUCUGUAAGCCCUUCCACAUACUAUUGGAGGAAAGUGAAUGAAAGUGCUCUAUUCUUGUUACUUGUACAUCAUACAAGAAUCUGAAGCAUCAUAACUUGGCCUUGCUUUUGGGUAGUCAAGCAAAGAACAUGGGAAUGAAUGUGAAGAUGGAAUUUGUACAUAAGCACAUCUGUUCAUUUUUGUUGUCCAGGAAUAUUGCAAAACAGAAGGACUGUUGUAGAUACACAGGCAUGCGCCUGUGCAGCUGCUACUUUUUGCUAUUCAUAAAUGGUACCUUGCAUUAGUUCAUGCGUAUCACUGGCUAACCUCUCACUGUCUCCAAUGGUCAGUGUCUUAGUUUUUCACAUGAGCAGUGAGACAGGGAUCCGCCACUUCCAAUAAAUUGUCAAGUAAAA